CAUUUCUCUUUGGUUCCCGGUUUCUUCGUCUCCUACGAUUCCUCCCAUGUCCCCAAUUCCCAUUCCCCUGUGAUAAAAAGCGAGACCCAAAGAUACGAAAAGGGGAAAAAAAGGGGUUUUGUCUUUUCGAAAGGAAAAAAAGAGAAAUGAUUCCUCAGCAAUGGGCACCGCCGUGUAACAAUCAAUGCACCCACAAAUACGCCACUCUCAUGCAAAUUCCCUGGAGAGUAUUCUGCAAGAAGGGAUGUGACUCUGAUGGGGACACAUGGGAGGAAUGUUUAGGAGAAUGUGAUGAAAUGUGUUAUAAAGAUCCGGUUUUGAAGGAUCAACAGUGGAGUUCUUACAUUGAUCGUUCUCCUGGUGCUGUUGGCUACUCAGAGGAAUGCUUUCGUGCUUGUGUAGCUGGCUGUGGUUACAAGUUUGAUAUCCCUCCAGAGGAAGUCAAAAAAAUCCACCCGAGCAGACCACCCCCGCCUCUGCCUGCAGAGAAGCCACCGCGUCCUGCCGCUGAAACAAGACCGCCCACAGAACCUCGUUCAACUACCGAAGAUGUUCCCGGCACAUCUGCAUAGAUUAUCCCUUACUGUACUUAUAGACUCACCAUUUUUGUUCUUCAACAAUUUCUUGCCGCAUCUCAUCCCGGGGCUAUAACUUAGGGUGCCCCGUUUAGAAUUUUUCUCGCUAGAGGCUAUAUGGUCGAGGUUAGUCUAGCCGCCUAGGAUUUCGAGGCCUGACAUAGGUAAGUUUUGGAAUCUUUUAGCACACCAGAUACACUCCUUUUUGUGACAAACUCCUGGUGACUGAUGAUUCUUUAGGUUCAUAUACUUCAUGGUUUUAAGGUUUGUUUCUGGCAGUCAUUGAAAGAAUGCUUUAUAGUUAUCCAAUGUUGUAAUGUUUUUGAAGGUGUGUGAAAUCUAUGAUGUGUUAAAAGUUUUGCCUUC